AAAUAGACAAUUAAUGAGGGCCCUAGGGAUUUUCUCUGACACCUGCCUGUGCCCCAUUAGGACAGGUAUAUAUAUUAAAUCAAAGGGAAUCUGAGUGUUAGUGGCAUUUUUCAUAUAGGAGAUAUGAACAUCAUCGGGGUGCUCUUCGGAAUUACUCUGGGUUUUUCGUCAGUUUAUGGACAAGUGACAAGCCGAGGUUUUUGUCCUAGAAUUCCAACCGUGCGUCCAUUCGAUGUUGGACUUUAUUUAGGCAUUUGGUACGAAUUCGAAAGGUUCCCAUUAGCGGCCCAAGCUGGAGUCACGUGUUCACAAGCAAGUUACACGCGAAACAAUGACGGAACAAUCCGGGUCGUCAACACAGGAGUGCAAGAAAGAAAUGGUGAACCUGUUCGUGUAGAAGGUACCGCCAGAGCUGUGAAUCCACAAGAUCCAGCGAGACUUUCCGUCACCUUUUCUCCUUUCCAGCCAGUUGACCCCAAUGGAAACUAUUGGGUCGUUAAAACCGACUAUAACAACUUCGCCAUUGUAUACUCCUGUCGGCAGGAAGGGCGGAGUAAGUCCGAAAAUGCCUACAUUCUACUACGAGAGCCGAGGAACCCCAAUGUUAGAACGCUGAGGUCCAUCUACAAUUUUCUCAGGAGCUAUCGAAUAAACCCGAGGAACUUCAUCCGAACAGAUUUCCGACAAUGUUUACAACCAUAUCCUUAUAGGAAGUAGUGCAAGAAAGACUCCCAUGUAGUCGAAGCAGUUUUCCAUGUUUUCUUUAGAACAUUGAAGUAAAUUAUGUUCAAAACGAGGAAAAACUAUCCAAGUAAAUCAAUUAAUAUAUAUCAUUGCAAACUGAACAACAUUGCAAACACAGAUAUUUUCCCUUACCUUUAAAUUUGAAUACUCAAAAUAUAUGGGAGGGGGGGGAUGUGAGCCCCAUGAUGAUGAGUGUUUUACGUUUGUCAUUUAUGUUUCAUUGUAUACGUUAUAAUAUGAUUUUUUAUGUGUUUCAUGUUAUUCUUUCAUGUUUACUUCAAU